CUGCCAUGGAGAUAAGGAGCAAUUCUCCUCACUCAGUCUCUGUCGCCUCCAGUUGUUAUGAAUCCCAGCACUUCCUCGGCUGGCCGUGAGGGCCAGUCCCCUGCAGACGAUCUAAUGGACGACUGGCUCUUUCUCCCUACUGAAUCUGUCAGGCCUCAGGUCCUUGACAUGAGCAGGGAUGACCAGGAGGCAGAGGACAGAGGCAAACUCAGAUCCAAGUUGGUCUCAGCAUGGAACAGUGUCAAAUAUGGCUGGUCCUUGAAGCAGAAAUCCAAAUUCAGCAAGAGCUCUCCUGUGAUCAUGCUUGGAAAAUCCUAUGAGCUCAAGGAUCAAGGGGAGAGAGAGCGUUUCCGUCGUGCCUUUGUAUCCCUCCUGUGGUUGACGUACAGGCGGGGGUUCCCUCCACUGGCCGGCUGCUCUCUGACCACUGAUAGCGGCUGGGGUUGUGUUCUACGUACAGGGCAGAUGCUGCUAGCACAAGGCCUCCUCCUACACCUGAUGCCUCCAGGUUGGACUUGGUCUGUGAGCCACCAUGUGGUCAAAGAUGACAUGGACCUGGAGAGUCACCCUGCAAACAGUGGACAAAGUUUCAAGGAAGGGACUAAUAAGAGGGGUCGAAAACUGAGCUUGGGUUCCCUCUUGGACAGACCCAUGGAGGCUACUCACAGACGGGUUGUAUCGUGGUUUGCAGACCACCCCACUGCCCCUUUUGGAAUACACCAGCUGGUAGAAUUGGGCAAAAGCUCAGGGAAGAAGGCCGGGGACUGGUACGGUCCCUCCAUUGCGGCACACAUCCUCCAGAAAGCCGUGGCAACAUCUGCAGACCUCCCCAAUCUAGUCGUGUAUGUUGCACAGGAUUGCACCAUUUACUUGGAGGAUGUGAAGAGGUUGUGUGAGCGGCCUCCUCCUCAGUCCUGGAAGUCUGUUAUCAUCCUGGUUCCUGUGCGACUUGGAGGACAAGAUCUCAAUCCUGCCUACGUUAAUUGUGUCAAAAAACUCUUGACGUUACAAUGCUGCAUUGGAAUCAUUGGGGGAAAACCGAAGCACUCUCUGUUCUUCGUCGGCUUCCAAGAUGACCAUCUGCUGUACUUGGACCCUCACUACUGUCAGCCCACAGUGGCCAUAACAAAGGAGAACUUUCCCUUGGAGUCAUUUCACUGUAAAUAUCCCAGGAAAAUGGCUGUCUCCCGCAUGGACCCCAGCUGUACCAUAGGAUUCUAUGCUAAAGGCCAAAGAGACUUUGAGUCAUUGUGCACAGUUGUUAAUGAGGCUCUCUCCACAUCUGCAGAGACGUACCCCAUGUUUAUAUUUGCAGAGGGGCAUAGUCAAGAAGACGAACGAAGCAGUACACCCACAAACAACAUCACUUAUAUCCAGAGGAAGAACGAACGAAGAGUCGGCACUAGCAACAGCAUGGAUGAGUUUGUUCUAUUAUGAACAGAAGAAGAUAAAAUCUGCCCUGAGGGGUGUUCAGUGAUCAACGAUCAGGGAUCGCACAUAGAUGAAACAGUUACACUGUGGCAACUACUGAGCAUAAGAACAAUAUUGUCAACAUCCGCUAGCAAUAACCUCAGGAGACUCCUGAGAGGUUUUGUAAAAUGAAGUGGUCAGGUAUCAUUGGGGACACUACUAUAUUUUUAUUGCUGUUUAGUGCUCAUUUGUAUCUUUUAUUUAUUGUUUUAAGAGGAGAACAUUUAAAUUGAUACUUAUUCAGUUGAAAGACUUUGAAAGGUGAAGGAUGGUUUCUCGUGUUUGUCAGCCUGUUGCUGUUUAUUCAUACAGUCCAUGAGGUUUGUUUUUAAUCUAUUCACAUGUCUCCCAGAGACAAACUUUAGGCAUGUGUCACUAUGGGAUAAACAGCCUCUAUUUCAGGUCAUGUGACAGGAUGUGCUGCCUUUUGAAUAGAUUAGAAAACAUGUGACACACAUGAAUAACACUGAAAGAAGAUGACUGCUUGAGAAUUAGUCAAGUUAUUGCAAACAUACCCUGACAAGAAAAGGACAAAAUUUACUGAAAAUAUCCUAAUGAGCUGGAUUAUUUUGCUGUCUUUUAUCUGAAUAAACAGUUGAUGAACAACAA